GCUGCCUGCAUGCAACAUAAACAUGUCGGACGUUUACACGCACACACAUCUCAGCAGGUAGCCCUUGACAAAAGCGCAUUUUUACUAAAUUACUCACAGUUUUCUCCUCUUUAACACAAUGCCGUCCACCCCUGACAUUCUGUUCUGACUACAACCACCGUCUGAACUCCAAAUGUGAUUGCUGAGUAUUGGUUGAUUGCGGGUUUUAACAGUAAAACCGUGCCGACGGUGUAUCUAUUUUUGAGGCCACGGGAUUAGCGGCUUCGUUGAGCGGACAAGGAAGUUGAUUUGCUGCCGUGUUUUUUGCUCUGCAUGCGGCGGAGAGGGCCGCCGGUUUCACGGUCGGCAACAUGUCGAUGUUGCGUAGAAAUCCAAAGACGUUCACCGUCCGCGUCACCACCAUGGAUGCCGAGUUGGAAUUCGGCAUAGAUUGGAAAGCUACAGGGAGACAGUUAUUUGACAUGGUGUGCAGGACAAUCGGGUUACGAGAAACGUGGUACUUUGGGCUGAGAUUCAUUGAUCACAAAGGAUACAUUAGCUGGCUGAAGAUGGACAGAAAAGUCCAGGAGCAGGGCAUUCCCAAGACCUCCCCCAUGCCCUUCCUCUUUGCGGCCAAGUUCUACCCGGAGGAAGUCAGUGAGGAACUGAUACAGGAGAUCACGCAACAUCUCUUCUUCCUACAAGUCAAGCAGCAGAUCCUGAACGAGGAGGUGUAUUGUCCACCGGAGGCUUCCGUACUUCUGGCCUCCUAUGCGGUCCAGGCUAAGUAUGGCGACUACGAACAGAAUGUGCACCAGCCAGGGUUCCUAGCCAACGAAGAACUCUUGCCGCAGAGAGUGGUGGAGCAGUUUGACAUGACAGCUGAGAUGUGGGAGGAGAGAAUAACAGCAUGGUAUGCCGAGCACCAGGGACUCAUGAGGGAUGAAGCAGAGAUGGAGUAUUUGAAAAUCACACAAGAUCUUGAAAUGUAUGGAGUCAACUAUUUUGAGAUUAAGAACGAGAAAGGUACAGAUUUGUAUCUGGGUGUUGACGCUAUGGGGCUGAACGUGUAUGAGAUUGACAACAAACUGGUGCCCAAGAUAUCCUUCCCUUGGAGCGAGAUCAGAAACGUGUCCUACAAAGACAAGAAGUUCACGAUAAAGCCGAUAGACAAGAAAUCACCUGACUUUUGUUUCAUAUCUCCUCGGCUCAGACUCAACAAACUGAUUCUGGAUCUGUGUGUUGGGAACCACGAGCUGUUUAUGCAAAGACGGCGGAUGGACACGAUGGAGGUACAACAGAUGAAAGCACAAGCCAAGGAGGAGAAAGCCAAGAGACAUAUCGAGAGACACAAGUUGAUGAGGGAGAGAGAGUUGAGGGAGCAAGCCGAGCGUGACAAGGAGGACAUGGAGAAGCAACUGGUGCACUUCAGGGACGAGGCAAGACUAGCACACGAUGCACUGAUGAGGUCAGAGGAGACGGCAGAACUUCUCGGAGAGAAAGCCCAGGUUGCGGAGGAGGAAGCCAUGUUGCUAGCUCAGAAGGCCAACCAAGCCGAUUCUGAGAUACAACGCAUCAGGCUACAGGCUAUCAAGACGGAAGAAGAGAGAAAUUUAAUGGAGAUGAAAGUUCACGAAGCCGAGAUGAUUGCUGGCAGAUUAGCUGAGGAGUCAGAUAGAAGAGCAAUGGAGGCCGAGAGAUUAAAGGAGCAGCUUGUCCGGGCCAGGGAAGCUGAGAAGAACGCCAAGGAGAAACUCAUCCAAGUCACCAAGUUGCCACUCCUGGAUUUAACAUCAGCGCAUGUCAUAACCAGCUCAGAGUUUGAGAAGCUACAGCUCACAGACGGAGACUACGGAGUGGACAACGAUAACAACUCCUAUGAACUGAUGACGGAUGGUGACGUGGAGAAACUGUCCAAAGAAAUUGAGAAAGAAAGGGUGGACUACCUGGAGAAGAGCAGGCAUCUGCAGCUACAACUGAAUGAGCUCAAGUCAGAGAUCGAGGUGAUGAAGGUGGAGGAGAAAGAGACGGAGCUUGAUCGCAUCCACAAUGACCUGAUGGAUAGGGGAGAAACCAAGUACAUCACGCUAGUCAGAAUCAAAUCUGGCACGACGAAGGCAAGGGUGGCGUACUUUGAAGAGCUUUAAAGAGGUAGAGGAAUCCCCCCAUCAGCCAGGUUUGACAAAGAGUGCAGAUAUUUAUUUUACCAAACUUUUGUAGAUUUAUACUUCCUGAAAUUGAUUCUUAAUGACCGCUCAAAACUUGCUUAGGAAAUAUGGCUGCUUAUGACUUGUGUAAUUUAGUGGUUGGUCCAUGAAGAGAGAGUUUUUCUUUAAUAUGUCCCUGAGCAGGCUAAAGUACCUCAAUAUUUUCAAAUUUGCAUGAAUACAAGAACAAAAAGUGUGGUAUUUGAUUUGUGACCGGCUCCACAAAAAAGGGUAUUAACUCGCUAAACAUUAUUGUGUAAGAGGGUGAAAAUUUUGUCAAAAUGUGAUUUUCAUUUUUUGUCAUGAAUGACAUCUUUAAAUCCCUACAG